CGAAGAGCGGCUUGCGGCACUGAGCGGAACCGGACUCGAGCCCGUGAUGUCCGGUACCAAAUUGGAGGACUCCCCCCCUUGUCGCAACUGGUCAUCUGCUUCGGAGCUGAAUGAAACUCAAGAGCCCUUUUUGAACCCCACCGACUAUGACGACGAGGAAUUCCUGCGGUACCUGUGGAGGGAAUACCUACACCCGAAAGAAUAUGAGUGGGUCCUGAUUGCUGGGUACAUCAUCGUGUUCGUGGUGGCUCUUAUUGGGAACGUCCUGGUUUGUGUGGCAGUGUGGAAGAACCACCACAUGAGGACGGUAACCAACUACUUCAUAGUCAACCUUUCUCUGGCUGAUGUGCUCGUGACAAUUACCUGCCUCCCGGCCACACUGGUGGUGGACAUCACUGAGACCUGGUUCUUUGGACAGUCCCUCUGUAAAGUUAUUCCAUAUUUACAGACUGUGUCCGUGUCAGUGUCUGUCCUUACACUGAGCUGCAUUGCCUUGGAUCGAUGGUAUGCAAUCUGUCAUCCUUUGAUGUUUAAGAGCACAGCCAAGAGGGCCAGGAACAGCAUUGUCAUCAUCUGGAUCGUCUCCUGCAUUAUAAUGAUUCCUCAGGCCAUCGUCAUGGAGUGCAGCACCAUGCUUCCCGGCUUAGCCAAUAAAACCACUCUCUUUACAGUGUGUGAUGAGCGCUGGGGUGGUGAAAUUUACCCCAAGAUGUAUCAUAUUUGUUUCUUUCUGGUGACAUACAUGGCACCACUGUGUCUUAUGGUGUUGGCCUACUUGCAAAUAUUUCGUAAACUCUGGUGUCGCCAGAUCCCUGGAACAUCAUCUGUAGUUCAGAGAAAGUGGAAGCCCCUGCAGCCUGCUUCACAGCCUCGAGGGCCAGGACAGCAGACCAAGUCCAGGAUUAGUGCUGUGGCCGCUGAAAUAAAGCAGAUCCGAGCCAGACGGAAAACAGCCCGGAUGCUAAUGGUUGUGCUUUUGGUGUUUGCAAUUUGCUAUCUACCAAUUAGCAUCCUCAACGUGCUCAAGAGAGUAUUUGGGAUGUUUACCCACACAGAAGACAGAGAGACUGUAUAUGCCUGGUUUACAUUUUCACACUGGCUUGUAUAUGCCAAUAGUGCUGCGAACCCAAUUAUUUAUAAUUUUCUCAGUGGAAAGUUUCGAGAGGAAUUUAAAGCUGCGUUUUCUUGCUGCUGCCUUGGAGUUCAUCAUCGCCAGGAGGACCGGCUCACCCGGGGCCGAACGAGCACAGAGAGCCGGAAGUCUCUGACCACCCAGAUCAGCAACUUUGACAACAUAUCAAAACUCUCAGAGCAAGUUGUACUCACCAGCAUAAGCACACUCCCAGCAGCCAACGGAGCAGGGCCACUUCAAAGCUGGUAGAAUUUUCAUUCAUAGGACAGGGAUAUCUGGGUAAAACUAUUCUUUUUUUAAAAAUCUCUGUACACACAAACUUUACUAUCCUAAUGAUUUGAAGCUAAAAUUACUUUGUGGAAAUUUUUAAAACAAUUUCCUUUCUUUCUUUCUCUUUUUCUUUCCUUCUUUCUCUUUUUAAUCUAUUACUCUAUGGAAAUAAAAAGAAAAGUCAGUUUAAAAUAAUUUCUCAACUUUUGAUUUAAACAUGUUAGAAG